CGUCUGAGUAACUCCAAAUACAAGCUUACAGUAGUAGUUCCACUCUAGUUGCAGCAAAAAUAGUAGGAUAGUCCAAUGAAAAUGAUGAUUGAUGAAUAUGACAAAUGAAUGAUAGCUACUUGUUAAGUAAAAGCAGCACAAUGCGUGCUGCUUCUGGCUGUUCAUCCAAACUAGCGUUUACUUUUUAGAAGUUAGAAAAAUCCAUUGAUGACGAAAUGCAUUUUGUUAUUCUCUCCCGUCCAUAUCCACAAAAAAACACUUUCUUUUUAUAUAUGAUGUUGCUGUUUCAACUGCUACUACUAUUACUUGUUGUUUAUAGUGUAGUGUGCGUAGCAAAGGAAAGGAAGUGAAGAAGAGAAUUUUAAGUCAUGGAGAUUGAUUCGAGUGGGAAUCCAAAUUGGUUAUUUGAUUAUGAGUUGAUGACGGAUAUUACUUCUGCUGCCUCCGUUACUGUUGCUGAUUUCCAGUCUCCAGCGAGUAUUGACUUCAGCUGGCCUGCUCAAACAAUCUAUGCUUCCUCUAAUCUCAUUGCAGAAACAGAUUACACAUUUGAGGAUUCAGAAGUCAGUAAGGAGGCAAGCUCAAGAAAGCGGUUAAAAAGUGAAUAUUGCAGCUCCCCGAGAUCUAAGGCAUGCCGAGAAAAAUUGCGGAGGGACAGACUGAAUGAGAGGUUCCUUGAAUUGAGUUCUGUCCUCAAUCCUGGAAGGCCACCAAAAACUGAGAAAGUUGCAAUUCUGAGUGAUGCUCAAAGGAUGGUGAUUGAGCUGCGAACUGAAACCCAGAAGCUGAAGGAGUCAAAUGAGGAGCUGCAAGAGAAGAUAAGAGAACUUAAGGCAGAGAAGAAUGAGCUCCGUGAUGAAAAGCAAAGGCUAAAGGAGGAAAAGGAGAAUUUGGAGCAGCAGGUUAAAAGCUUAGCUUCAAAACCAGGUUUUUUCACCCAUCCUUCUGCCAUGGGAGGUGCAUUUACUGCGCAAGGACAAGUCGCUGCAGGCAACAAAUUGAUGCCUUUCAUUGGUUAUCCCAGUGUUGCUAUGUGGCAAUUUAUGCAACCUGCUGUUGUUGACACAUCUCAAGAUCAUGUGCUCCGUCCUCCAGUUGCUUAAGCUGGAUUUUCCAGGUGACUUGCUACUGGAGCUUCAUUAUUUUUGUUGCUCCUGUGCUUGUUAAAGGCGACAGGGAACUGAGACAAUUUGCUGGUUGUAUUUAUUUGUCUAGCUUUGAUGGAUGGAUCAAUCAUGAUGGUUUGCUAAAUCGUGUAUAUGACGGGUAUAUACUCACCCGAAAAACAGUUAUGUAUUAUAAUUCCCUAGAUGGGAUUCCUUCUGAAAUAAUUAAACUUGGUUUUAUGCACAUUA